UCCACUUGUCGGUUGCGCGACGAGGUUGUAAAUACCUUCACUGGGUCGACCAUGUGACUAUGGGAGACCCAGGUUGAUAGCCGCGUGCAUAUGUUGGUGUAGUGUGCAGUGACUAAGUUACCGGCCUACAGGCUGCUACUGGCAAAAUGCUUGCGGACGGUCAAUAUGUUGACGGAUCGUGGUUGUUGACAGUUCACAUUGAUGAGCUCAAUAUCGAGAAACAAAUUCGGGUCCAAGGCGAAUGGUCAGUUGGGGAAGUAUUAGCUAAACUAACAGAGGGACUCCCCGUGCCGACACUGAAACCAAACAAGCCAAAUGAAAUCAGCUUACGCUCUGGAGGCACUAGAACCGGCUGGGCGGAUUACAAUUUGUGGUGGCCAGCCAAACGUCGAUGGCUAUCACACAACAGAGUGAGCUUAAAUCAGUACGGAUUACAAGCAGACGCUUUACUGCGUUUGAUUUCCGUCUACGGCAGACUUCGAAUACAGCUACCGGAUUUACAGGUACGUACUUUUGUGGAUGUGAAUUUUUCAGAACCAGUGUUUCGAAUCACUGUGGCUGUUUGCCGUCAGUUAAAUAUUCGUCAUCCGGAAGAACUUUCCUUGGCAUACCCAGUAUCUCACUCCGAUCUCAAGCACUCUCGUUUCAUGGUAACAGGCUUGGAUCGCCGGCAUCCUACAAUGAAUGCAUCUGAAAGGCGUAGUGUAUUUCAGCGCAGCGCAACGAUUAAUGUCACGCAUUCACAGAGAAAGCAGUGUGAUGUGUUCAGCAGCCCAACGACGAUGGAGAACAAGGAGAAUGCUGAACAAGAAAAGCGUGUAAACGGUGAUACAAGGAGAAGAAGUUCCACAGAAUCAGAACGACUUUUCGGACCCCCAAAAAUAAGGGACUGCAGAGCAAGAGCAAAGGUUGGACAGUCAUUAAAAGGUGUCUCUAAUUAUGUGAGUAAUAUAAACUACAGUCUAGGAUCUAUGCAAACGCUUGCGUUCGAAUUUCGCACGCUGGAGGAUCCCACCUUGGCGUCCAGUCCUUUAGUUAGUGUUGAGGAUGCCUGGGCCAAGGGACUGAUUGUGCAUCCGACUAACUUUAUGCAGCGGCUAUGUUUGAACAUGAAGUGGUUGGAUUCUUCAAAGUCUUUGAUGGAAGAGGGGAUCGAUAACUAUGCGAUCAAUGAGAACGGUGUGGUUUCUCAAACUGAAUAUGGAACAAGCGACUCACACACACAGACUGGGCGUCAGACUGAAAGUAAAGACGUCAUUGUGAAAGGAAAACACAUUCCGUUACUUUUUAUGCGUUUCAAGUACGGCACGUUUUACGAUCUGAACCCGAAAUACGACAUAGUUCGGAUUAACCAACUUUACGAACAAGCCAAGUGGUCUGUUCUUACAGAGGCGAUAGAAUCAACGGAUGACGAAGCUUGUCUUUUGGCUGCCUUACAGGCUCAUGUUGAGAUUGCUACAGAAGACGAGCAACGUGAGCACAUGGAAUUGUCUAACAAUUGUCAAACAGAUGGGCAAGUGCAUGUGGAUACUUUAAACCGAAAAGAUAUUCCCGCGGGACUUCGAUUGGGAAACAGUUCAGUAAAUCGACCAAGAGAUACAUCACCAAUCGGAGGAUACCUGAAGCAUCAUCAUAAUCCGCGGAUAACACGGUCAAGACCACUGAGCGUUAUUGAACUGGACUCGGAAAUUGACGCAAUGUUGGAUGACUUGUCCAAUUAUGAUGCACUAGAUGCAACUAGUAUAGGCGGGGGGCAUCGCUCGCGUACCAUGAAGAAAUCGCCAAGACCUCUGAGUCAAGCAUUUAGUUUGAAGAGCGAGGAGGCGACAGAACCACCACCACCGCAGAUGAAAGGAUACGUUAAAGUGUGCAAACCAAGGCGAUUCGGCAUCAAGGUAUUCAGGCGACUAUUUUUGGCCGUGGAUGCGCUAAAAUUGAUGGUAUACAAGAAUGAAGAGGAUCAGAAGAAUCGGAACGAUGCAGUGGAGGUGAUAUAUCUACCGGGCUGUGAAGUUCAACCAGACCUAUGCUUGGCGUCGGAACGAUACAACAUACGCGUUUUCGUCCCCAUAUCUAGAACGAAUUUGCCGCUAUCCGCGGCCUUCAAUCUCAACUCGCUGGAUAGCGCUGGUGGUGUGGACGAGGACCUGGGAGUUGGAGGCCGUUUGAAAAGACGAGCAUCGCUUCUCUCUCUAACCUCCUUGUCCCACUUUGGAGCUUCUUUCGGACUGCAGCCAACGGGUUCUACUUCCGCUGGAGGAGGGCUUUCAGGUGCAUCGGCCGCCGUAUUAGGACUGGUCAGCGAGCUUGUGCUGCGGUUCUCGGAUGCUGAUUCUUAUGCGGAUUGGCUCGCUUAUCUUAGGUUGGCUACUGCUGUGCCCUACCUUGGGCUUCCAGUCAGAGACGAGCGCCAUGAAUGGGACGGGACUGUGCCACACAGAGAAUGGGCCAACGUGCUGAAUAAAACUGUAUACGAGGCAGAGAAGAAGGCGAUUCUGAGCAUGAUUCAACUCAUCUCCCCAUUGUCAGCAUCCAAAGAUGAUCAGAAUGACGGUGUGAUACAACUAACAAAUCUACAUGAGCGCCUGGAGAACAGAUUUUGUGAUUUCUUGCCAAUGCGAUACGGUAGCACUAGGAAUACCAUCCGAACCAGGGAUUUGAGAACUAGGGAUCAGACCGAGUUGACUUCCACAAGAACUGGCACAGUGUCGGUAGAUUCAAAACCACCAACCUACUCGGCGACCGGUAAUUUUUUCAGUCCAGUAAGUCACAUUAUUUGCAGGUGCCCUUUAUGAGUGUGAAUGUAUCCCAGCUAGUUGAAGCAGUACAGAGGAAUGUGGUGUUGUAGACUGGUCGGCUUUUGUUUCCCCUUGCGACAGGAUACCAUUGUCGUUGUGCGUACUGUGUAGAAUGCUUAGCUUAACCUAUUACUCACAGUUUCACACAGCACAAAACACUUUAGAAUAAAUAGUAAAUUUGUUAACACUGUGACACACGAAGGCCUCCAGAUGUGCUGCGCCGAGCUGCGUGUGAUGCGUUGUUCAGCCAGAUGAUUGUGAAGCACUGACUUGAACCGAACUUUGUAGUUAGGGUGUUCGAAAGCGAUAUUUCGUUAUACGAGACCAUAAUCAGCCUAGCCGGCUGCUUGUUUGUUGUCAUAGUGUGAAUUACAUCUUAAGUACACUGUCAUGUUGACCGCGUUGAGCGCUAAUUAGAAUUAUCAAGUGCUUUUCUUCGACUCCAAACUAAAUAUUGGAAAACAAACUCAAGCCAACAUGUAACCGUAACCAGGUUAUUCUACACCUUGCUGAUUCGCAGUAACCCUUAGAAUCCCAUAAUUUGCUAUCUCACAGAGUCAUUUACACCCAUCACAGCACAAGGCAAGUAUUAUUCGUCGCACUUGCAUGGCAUACUCUCGGAUCAGGGGACUGACAAGUAUUCAAGCCAAAAUGAAGUACAUAAGCGCUUGGGAACAAAUGCAUAAUCACGGAAUAGUCUACUUUCCUGCCCGCAUCGAGGUAACCCUCCCGAUGUCUAGUUUGUUUGGAGAAGAACAAGCUGGGACAACGACUACCAAAGGGGUUCCAUGGAUGAAUCGCCCCAUGGGUGGUGGAAAUAUCACCGUUUCUUACAGCCGGCGUUUAGAAGCCAUUGGUAUUGGGCCUACUCGAGUCUAUCGAUGCGAUUUACACACCGGUGACGUCAUGGCCAGCUGGCGUCUGUCCGCCAUUCAAGGUUGGAAUAUCAACUGGGAGUUGAGCGAACUGGUGCUUCUGAUUACCGCCCCACUGUUGAGUAAACGCACGGAGGAUCAACGAAGCCCAAGCCCGACACCAGCCUCCGCGAACUGCGCCGGCAAAGUGAUCAUCAAGCCGGUGGAGGUGUCAGUGAGAACCGUUGCGGAAUUUCUUGGUGGAUAUGCUUUCUUGAAUCUUCGAUCGCCGGAAAAAAAUCAAGGUUUGGAUGAAAGAGUUUACUACAAGCUUACCACUGGGUCGGCUCUACCCGUGCUUCCAUUUGGAGCACAGCAAUACAGAUCAGUGCAUUCAUAAUACCGAACUUGCUGGCAUUGUUGCGUCGGCAUAUGUUGUUUAUACAGAGUACGGUGCCAAUUAUGUAAUUGGAUCUAAGCAGAUUAUUUUAUUUUCUGCACUCAGCAAUACAUAUGAUCGUCAAAAAGCGUCGUCAGUAUGAACCAGCCUUUAUGCAGCUUUAUGAAUCAGCUUUAGUUAGGUCUAUCAAGUCAUUGAAUUUCGCGGGCAUCUUUGAAAUCAAGAAAUGUACUGUAUUACACGUAUCCAUCACGUCUAGUCAUGGUUCUCCAAACAGACGUGUUAUGCGAACAGUCAACAUGCACAUAUUUCUGAAGCUUUAAAAAUGUUAUUAUUGUCAAUGACAAGACCUAGUAAGCCGAUUUUCUUGAGAGAUUCAUUUGCAUCAAACACUAUACUUUUUGUCUUUAAGGGAGCUUUCAAAUAUGUAAAUUGUAUUCGCUAUUUUCGCCGUUAUAAUGGUGUAUUCGAUUGCUAAAACUACAUACCAGACUUUCUUCGUUUC